UGACACUUUUGACAGAAUAAUGAUGAAAACAAAUGAGUCAAACAAAUAUUCAGUCAUCUGAGAUCAUUUCAUUAAUUAAUAAUUUACUGAAGUUCUUAGGAAAGUAUUUUGGUUUUGUUAAAUACUGAAUUGAAUUCUUGGACUCAGUUAGAAUGACUCCGCAGAUUAUGUGUGUUAGUUGAUCAAACUAUCCAUUAUAGUAAGAUAAGUGAGAAAAGGUGUUGGUGAAUAAUUUCUUAGUUCUUCAAUUAUUUAGUCCUUGAAGUACCGAAAGCAAUUUUGGAGAAUCAGCAAAAUGAGAAGUUUUUGCUUAAUUGUAUUUGUACUGCUUUAUUUUGCCCAGAACGCUUCUGCAUUGUGGUGUUAUGAGUGUGUUUCGAACACUCCAGGAUGUGGAGAAGAUUUUAACUGGCUAUGGCAUUGGACAACAGUAUGUCCAGAAGAUGAUGAUGUUUGUGUGAAAAUAUUGGAAACAAAAGAUGGAGAGACUGUUAUCACUAGAAGUUGCUUAAGCAGUUUAAUAGGUAAACGUACCGAUAUUCCUGCAGAUAGGUAUGAAGGAUGCAGGAAAGCUUCUGUAGAUGUAAAUCUUGCAAGAUAUGUGAAUAAUACCAUAAAAGAACUAGACAUCAAAAGAGAUUAUUAUGAUUCAACUACCUGGUGUUUCUGUUUCUUAGAUCAAAGAUGUAAUAGUUCUUCAUUCAUUUUACCUUCCUUUGGACUGAUCUUGUUUAGUUUUUUGCUCAGUAAAUUGUGAAUUAUUAAAAAAUAUAAAGAAUAUAUUUUGGAAAGAUAGUAGCAUAAGGACAAGAUUCUAAGAUGAGCAUUGUGAAUUGAAAAGAAAUUUUCAUAAAAUUGUAAUUUUUAUAUUAACUAACCUUAGCUGAUAUAGCAAGUUUUUAUUUUGUUGAGUAAUCGUACUAACCUGAGUUAUCCUACAGUAUUUUGUUCUUCUGAGAUAUUGAUAUAAGCUAUAGAAUUUGAUAUUAUGAUUCAAAAAUCAUUCCGUCCAUUUACCAUUAUUAUACAAUUAUAAGAAAUGAAUUUAAAUCUUAGUAUGAGGAUUAUAAGUUAACAUACAUGUAUUUUUAUAUUGUAUAUACACAUAUAAUUAUUUGUUAGGUAUUGUUCAUGUUGAUUAAUUCAGAAAUAUUUGAUAAGUGAAAUCUUAAUGAAAAAAUUCCAAAGAAAAUAAAAUUCAAGAGAUGUUACUGUACAAAUAUAAAUGGAUCUGAACAAUGCAUUACAGAGGUUCAAGUAAAUAAAUUUGAUAAUUUCAAAUUA